AUGACCUUCUUCCUCGACACAUUCGCCAAGAGGCAGUGGGAGGAUCCAGAUCAUGCAGGGUCGAGGCUGACCUGGGAUCAGGCAGACUUCGUGGCCAGGGUGGAGCGGGCCCAUGCAGAGGGUGCCCAGCUGCGGGACGGCUACGCGCCCUUCUGCAAGCACCUGUUCAUACCCAACUUCACGGACGCCGCGGUGGGUGCGGAGAGACUCACGCCCGACAAUGUGCAGUCCCUGCGCUCUGGCUACCUCAAGCGCCGCCCCGAGGAGCUGGCGGUGCUGUCUCGCUGGCUGCCCAGGUCGGCGGUGCCGCCCCGCACCGCCAAGCACCUGGACAUAAUCCUGUACUCCCGCGAGCAGCUGGUGAAGGAGCAUGCCGCCCUGCCACACGUGUCUGCCGGGGAUGCAGAAAAGGCACUCCCAGAUGCGCCAUGGGGCAUCAUCUCCAUCAAGGCACAGGACGAGGAUCAUGAGACGCCCAUGCAGCCCAUCACCAUCCUGAGGAACGCUUUGGGUCGGGAGGAAGGCGGAAGUGGCGUCCCACUGGACAAAGAAGCAUACGCGGCGGCUGUCGAGUACUGGGACGCUCAUGCGAUCAUCCAAUGA